AUGCUUAAUUUCACUGAUGUGACCGAAUUCAUUCUUUUGGGAUUGACCAGUCGUUGGGAAUUACAAGUGCUCUUCUUCAUUGUUUUCUUAGUGGUCUACAUUAUCACCCUCAUUGGUAAUGUAGGCAUGAUUAUAUUAAUCCGAAUCAGUCCCCAGCUCAGCAGCCCCAUGUACUUUUUCCUCAGCCACUUGUCUUUUGCAGAUGUGUGGUUCUCCUCCAAUGUUACUCCAAAAAUGUUGGAAAAUUUGUUAUCUGAGACUAAAACAAUUUCCUAUGCAGGUUGUUUAGUACAAUGUUUUUUCUUCAUCUUUUUGGUCCAUGUGGAAGUCUUCAUCCUGGCAGUGAUGGCCUUUGAUCGUUAUAUGGCAAUUGGAAAUCCUUUGCUCUAUGGUAGUAAGAUGUCAAGAAAUGUCUGUAUGGGACUUAUUUCUUUCCCUUACCUUUAUGGGUUUUUUAUUAGUCUGAUCUCAACUCUGUGGACAUAUGGCUUAUACUUCUGUGGAAACAUUGAGAUCAACCACUUCUAUUGUGCUGAUCCACCACUCAUCAAAAUGGCCUGUGCUGGGACUCAUAUUAAGGAAUAUACAAUGCGUACACUUGCAGGGCUUAACUUCUCAUACUCUCUGUCUGUCAUUUUUGUCUCAUAUAUAUUCAUUCUUAUUGCCAUCAUUAGGAUGCGAUCUGCAGAAGGGAGGAGAAAGGCCUUUUCUACCUGUGGGUCUCAUUUGACAGCUGUGAUCAUCUUUUAUGGAACCCUAUUCUUCAUGUAUCUGCGGACACCCACAGAAGAGUCUGUAGAACAGGGGAAGAUGGUGGCCGUGUUUUACACCACUGUUAUCCCCAUGCUGAACCCAAUGAUCUAUAGUCUUAGGAACAAGGAUGUGAAAGAAGCAAUGGGCAAAGCCAUCAACAGAAUGUGUCCAACAAAGUGA